CACACGCAGCGCCGAUUUGCCCCGUUCAUUUCCACCUCCCCGCGCGUGUUGCCGCUUUCAUUCCCGCCGCGGCGGCCAAAAUCUUCAUUCGAAUUGAGAAUUGAGACGCGGGAGCGGGAGCGGGGUCCGGAGCUCCCCGAUCUCUGCGCGGAGCGCGGUUGAGAAAUCCCCGCUCGUUCGCUGCCGGAGCCGGUCGCUGUCGACGCCGAAGGUAGAAUUUUCUGUAAACCACAAGAUGGCUCAGGCUGCAAGGCUGAAUCUUAGAAUGCAGAAAGAGAUUAAGCUUCUAUUGGAUGAUCCACCCCAUGGGGUCUCGCUUAAUCUUUCUAAAGAUGAAAAUGUCCUAUCUUCGUUAUCAAGUAUUGAAGCCAGAAUUGAGGGGCCUGAGGGAACGAUAUAUGCUAAGGGAGUUUUCAUUCUGAAGAUACAAAUUCCUGAAAGGUAUCCUUUUCAACCACCCAAUGUGACUUUUGUCACUCCCAUUUAUCAUCCCAAUAUUGACAAUGGAGGACGCAUUUGCCUUGAUAUUCUCAAUUUACCCCCAAAGGGAGCCUGGCAACCAUCACUGAACAUUGCUACUGUUUUGACAAGUAUUGGCUUGCUGCUAAGUGAACCAAACCCUGAUGAUGGCCUUAUGGCUGAAAUAAGUCGAGAAUUCAAAUACAACAGGCAAGUUUUUGACAUAAAUGCUCGGUUAUGGAUUGAGAAGUAUGCUAGUCCUUCUGCUGUUGGUGCUAGCAGUUGGGGUUCUGUAGAUGCUGGUGUCCUGGCACAGAAUGCACAAAUGGAGGACACAGAGAGCCAAGGGUCAUUGCCAAAUGCUUCUAAAAAAGAUUGUGGAGGGAAUCAAAGGAAGAUGCAGUUAUUGGGACAAAAGUUAUUGCUGAAGUCUGAAAGAUCUGAAGAGAAUAUGAAAACUGUCAAGCAAGAUCCAGUUGCUAGCCACUUACCAUCCACGGCCCUAGCCAUCAAUCCUACUGCUUGUUUUUCUGAUGUUUCAGGCAGACAGAAUGACAUUUCAGAAAACAUGUCUGUCAGGACUGCUAGUGGAGUGGUUUCAAAGAAAGAAUGCCAAGGAAAUAAUAAGAACUUGCAGUUACCUGGCCUGGGGCUUUCUGUUAUCUCAGAGUCAGAAGCUCCUAGCAAAAGGAGCGAUGGCAAUGAUAUGUUACCUAAUCAUCUUCCAACAUCACCAUCCGAUGCUAAUGAUCACGCCGUGCAAUCUUCUGAUGACAUUUUAAGGAACAGUUUGCCAUGGAGCAUUGGUGGAUCAUCAGAUAGUUCAUAUAAACCACCAGAAGGAAAUCGAAGGAAUAUCAGGACACUGGGCCUGAAGUUGUCGCUGAAAUCAGUAAAGCCUGAAAAGAAGAAUGAUGAUCGGAAGGAAAAUAUGGCUCCAAAUCACCUGCCUCCACAGCCUGGCUUCAACAAAUUGCAGAAAAGGCCCUUAGAUGUUGUUUCAAGGAACAAAUUCAGCGGAGGUCCUGCACUGGUUCAACAGGAUCCUAUUACGGAACAUCAACAGUCAAACAUUCAGAUGGUAACAAAUGAAGAGUGCAAUCAAGGUCGAAAGAAGCUGUGUUCACUAAGUAGGAGGCUGUCAUUGAGAUCUGAGCUGCUUGGAGCGGACAGUGCCUGUGACAAGGAGUAUAAGCCACCCAAUUGUUCUGUAACCUAUAAGAAGCCCGAUGAACUGCCAUUGCCAGCACCACCAGCACCAAUCCCCAAAGGUGAGGCCGUGGCACCCAAUGAACUGCCAUUGUCAGCUCCAACAGUCCUUGAAAGUCAAGCCAAGACCCACGGCUUUGCUGGUGGACAGAAAGACGCCAGCUCAGGCAAUUCCUCUGUCAAACAAAACGCGGUUGCCGUGGAGAACAUCGUCGUUUCAGACAGUGAAGAGAGCGAGGACGAACGCGAAAGGCCCCCGAGAUCAAGGCUAUCACUCAUGCGGCAACGAUUGGCAGGAAAGCUGAGAACCUAAUGUCACCCUCCCUCGGAGCUCUUGCUCUUUCUAAUGCUGCGUUGUAAAUCCUUGGAAGAAGACGAGUAUUCCGAUAUACUUCUAGUAAGUUAUGUCU